AUACAAAAUCUUUCAAAACUCCCACAAACUUACAACUCUCUCUCUCUCUCUAGAUUCCCGCACAUUUACAACUCAUCUCUCUUUCUCUCUCGAUUUCCGCACAGUUACAACUACUCUCUCUCUCUUUCUAGCUGCAUCUAUAUAUAUAGGUCAUUCCAAAAACCUCCUUAAAUCCCUCACCAAACCGGCAAACCUCAAGAAAACGAUCAGAGAGAGAAACCAAGCAAACUUAAACUGAUUUCAAUAAAAGGGCUUCUUUUACGAUGAUGUUUCACGACGGGAAUUACAACGAUCGGUGGAUGAUCGGCAGUUCGACGCAAUCCCAGCCAUCCACGUGGACACGAGUAGAGGACAAGCUCUUUGAGCAGGCUCUGGUGAUGUACCCAGAGGAAAUCGCCGACCGGUGGCAAAAGAUCGCGGAACGAGUUCCGGGAAAAUCUGCCGAGGACGUGAUGGCCCACUACGAGGCUUUGGUUCAUGAUGUUUUGGAGAUUGACUCGGGCCGGAUCGAGCUGCCGAGUUACUCGGACGAUUGCUUUGAGUGGGAGACCGAGUCCGGCGCGAGUCAGAUAUCGUUUGGGUCGUCGGGAAAGGUGAAAGGGGAGGUGGAGAGGAAGAAAGGAACUCCUUGGACUGAAGAAGAGCACAGGUUGUUUCUAAUUGGGCUCGAUAGAUAUGGCAAGGGUGACUGGAGGAGCAUAUCAAGAAAUGUGGUCGUAACAAGAACACCAACACAAGUAGCUAGCCAUGCCCAAAAGUAUUACCUUCGUCAAAACUCGGUGAAGAAAGAGAGGAAGAGGUCAAGCAUCCAUGACAUCACCACCACAGUGGAUAGCACGCCCGUACCUCCUCCAAGCAAUUUCCCCAAUCAAGAAGGGUCCCUAGGGUAUCAGAACUUCGGCUUUCCUAUGUAAAGAUGAAGAAGAUUAGAGCUUCAUAGGCUGUACAUAUAAAAGGUUACUUACAGGUGGCAAUCUCAGUUGUUAAGUUCUAUUCUUUCUUAGCUGACAGUUAUUUAGGAUUAGCACGGGAAUACGAGAAUAGGGUGUGUGUGUGUGUGUUUAUUUUUUUCGAGUCCUUUUGUGAACUUACUGGAUGUAUCUAUAGAGGACAUAGAUUGGUCAUAUAUACAGAGAUUUUAGGUGUGAAAACAACAGCAAAUGAAAUUGACUGGUUUUUGGAUUGUAGCCCUGAAUUCUAUUGAAUGGCCUCUUGACU